CCGCGACGAGGCAUGCCGAGCCACAGUACCACUGUCGCGUCGCCGCCCAGCGGGCCGAUCCAGGUCGGCGAUGUGAUUCCCAGCAUUGUGCCGCCAGCCGUGCCUACGAUAUCUGUCGGUUCUCCGCCCACCACCACCCCCAUCCCUUCCAUCAGUGUGGGCUCUCCGCCAGCUGUGCCAACGAUCUCGGUCGGCUCGCCACCUACGAUCCACACCCCCAGCCCCAGCAUCAGCGUGGCGUCUCCGCCAAUCGUGCCCACAAUCUCCGUCGGCUCGCCCCCGACCACCAACACUCCCAUUCCGUCCAUCAGCGUCGGCUCGCCACCCACACCCUCAACGCCCACGAUCACCGUCGCACCUCUUCCCGCCGGGCCAUCAAUCAUCGUCGACGCCAGCCCUCGCCUCCCGCCGCCCAGCCCGCCCGGUGUCGCCUUCUCGGGCGUGCCCACGAUCGAAGUCGAAUCGGGCGACACGCGUGACGCGAACACCCGCGGCCCGAGCCGGAUCGAGCCGACAGCCGCCAUCCUCUGCGCGGGCUGCACACACCCGAUCAUCGGCCGCAUCGUAAGCGCCAUGGGGCGGCGGUGGCACCCCCCCUGCUUCCAGUGCGGGGAGUGCGGCGGCGCGCUCGAACACGUCAGCGCAUACGAGCACGACGGCAAGCCCUACUGCCACCUCGACUACCACGACCGCUUCGCGCACAAGUGCCACCACUGCCGGACGCCGAUUGUCGACGCGCGCUUCAUCACGCUCGACAACGAGCUCGGCGUGCGCUAUUAUCACGAGCUGCACUUUUUCUGCUCCGAGUGCGGCGACCCCUUCCUCGACCCCAGCAAGAGCAGCGCCGCGGGCACAGAGCACAACGCCGAGGGCGCGGACGAGACGAGCGACUUUGUCAUACACAAGGGCCAUCCCUACUGCGAGCGCUGCCAUGUGCGGCUGCACAAGCCGCGGUGCAAGGCGUGCCGCGCGCCGAUCCCCGACGUCGCGGUCUCGGCUAUGGGGGCCAAGUGGCACACGGGGUGUUUUGUGUGUGCGACUUGCACCCACCCGUUCGCGAACAACCUGUUCUUCCCGCGCGACGGCAAGGCGUACUGUACCGAGUGCUUUGAGCGGAUGAACUGAUAGAGUUGUACGCGCUGCAAAUUGUACAUUAUCGGUGCAUCUAGUAUAAGUG